AUGAAGAUACUGAAUCCCGACGAGCAAGAUGUAUGUGUAGAGUUAGUAGACCCUCCAACUGCUGCUCACAAACUGCUGAUUAUCUUGAGUUUGGUCGCUGUACACGGGCUUGGCGCAAUGCCUGAUAUUACCUGGACUCACAAAACGUCAGGUGUUAACUGGUUGAAAGAUCUGCUUCCCAGCCAGAUGCCAAAGACCAGAAUCCUGCGAUUUGGCUACGACUCACUCUGGUUGGGAAGGGACCCAAUCCGAACAAGUAUUGAAAGCAUUGCCACCUUGCUUUUGAAUUGCUUGAAACGACACAGGAAGGUAACUGAAUGUCCACACCGCCCCAUCAUCUUCCUUGGCCAUUGCUUUGGAGGGCUCGUCAUUGAAGCAGCUCUUUGCCGAGCAAACUUAGCGAAACACAAAUGGCCUUACAUACUGGACGCAACGGUGGGUGUUGCCUUUUUGGGCACACCGCACCGAGGAUCAGAUUCAUUUGGUCCCAAUGGGGGGAUGUCGCAUGCGAAUAUUCUUGCCCUGAUCGCAGCCUCUUCGUAUCUCAAAGCUGAAUUCUCUGUAGUCAAAUAUCUGGACAAUGAGCACAGAACGCUCUUAGACGUGUCCAGCAGCUUCCUUGCGAUAUUGUCCAGCCCGGAGAUGAGAGAUAGAAUCGAUAUUUCGUGCUUUUAUGAAUCGCGUGCAGCAUCCAUCGAAAAAAUCACUGGCGUGGACGUCACGGUAAGAACUUUUGUUGAAUUCAAGUGUACCGUCCAAGACUAA